AGAAAUGGCUACGGACAGUCUUUCUUCUUGAGUAAGAGAUGAUGAACUAGUCUAAUUUACCAAACAACCCUUUCACGAUUCUUAAUCCCAGAACAGAAUCUUCAUUGUGGCAGUUUCCGUUUUCCGAUUUCGAUUCAAUGGCAACGAGAAAUCGCACUGCAGAGUUCAGGAAGUACAGAGACACCGUGAAAAGCUUACGCACUCCUCUUUCUUCAUCAGCAUCUGCUUCUUCUUCUGGUGGCCCUGUCAUUGAAAUGGUUAACACUUCUCUUCUUCGUUCCAAUAACCGUUCUUCUUAUACUCCCCUCAGUACCCAUGACCCAGGUCCAUCCUCUUCAAGUGAUGCAUUUACUGUGGGUUUGCCGCCAUCUUGGGUAGAUGAUUCUGAAGAAGUAGCUACAAAUAUACAACGUGCAAAGGUUAAAAUGUCUGAGUUAACCAAAGCUCAUGCAAAGGCUUUAAUGCCUUCCUUUGGUGAUGGUAAAGACGAUCAGCGCCAGAUUGAGACUCUCACCCGGGAAAUUACAGCUCUCCUUAGAAAGUCGGAAGUGGGGCUAAAAAGACUUUCUGCUGGUAGUGGAUCUUCUGAGGAUUCUAAUGUCAGAAAAAAUGUGCAGCGUUCGCUUGCUACAGACCUUCAGAAUCUGUCAAUGGACCUCCGGAGAAAGCAGUCUGCAUAUUUAAAACGUUUGCAGCAGCAACGAGAGAGUUAUGAUGGGAUUGACUUGGAGAUGAACUUCAACGGGAGUAAAUCUGGAUUGCAAGAAGAUGAAUUCGAUGAUGUGGGUUUUAGUAGAGAGCAGAUGACAAAGCUAAAGAAAAGUGAGCAUAUCUCAGCGGAAAGAGAAAGAGAAAUUGAACAGGUCACUAAAUCGGUCCACGAACUUGCUCAAAUCAUGAAGGACCUCUCCGUCCUUGUGAUAGACCAGGGAACAAUCGUGGAUAGAAUUGACUACAACAUUCAGAGUGUUGCUACAUCGGUUGAGGAGGGCUUUAAGCAGUUGCAAAAGGCAGAAAGAUCACAGAAAAAAGGAGGGAUGAUUACAUGUGCAACAGUGCUUGUGAUCAUGUGCUUUGUCAUGCUAGUUUUGUUGAUAAUCAAGGAGAUAAUCUUCUAGCUGUGUUAAUUACCCGCAUCCUAUACCAUCUAACAUGAAAGCUAAUUCACUUUCCUCGUGUCGAUGUGAAUCAAAUUGGCUUCUGUUUGAAGACAGUUAGAAUCGGCACUUCAGGUACCAGAGUUCGUUGUUUUUUAAGGGCAUUGAAUUUACAAAAUCGGCCAUCAUUGAACUUGAAUGGCGAUAGGGGGAUGACAAUGUACAGCACUGCUUUGCAACUAUAUAAUAUACCCCACAAAAUAGUUUGUUGCACUACAGGUGCUUGAUAUUUAGAAAGAAAAUAUGUACAUGAUUUAGUUUUACCAUAUCACAAGUAGAUAGUGAUUUCAGCAAAUUCACAUCUUGGCCGCCUAGUUUUAUUCAUAAAAUAGAUAGAUACUGUAUUAAAUAAUACAGUGGUGUGUCUAACUACAAUACUAGAAAUAUUUGAAAGUGCUUCAUUUAAGAGCCAUCAAACACUUAAUUUAUAGGAUUAGACUAUUUUAAAGUGGAUUAAUUACUUUAGAAAAUAA